AUGGACGGGUUUUUAAGAUGUGAUGAGAGACAGAGAUUAGCCAAAGAAAGACGCGAAGAAAGAGAAAAGUGUAUUGCUGCCCGGGAGCAACAGUUUCUGGAGAAACAGAAAAGAGCCAAGCUCCAGUAUGAAAAGCAAAUGGAAGAGCGAUGGCGGAAACUGGAGGAGCAGCGGCGCCGAGAGAACCAGAAGAGGGCUGCCGUGGAAGAGAAGAGGAGGCAGAAGCUCCGGGAGGAUGGGGAGCGGCUGGAGGCGAUGCUGCGCAGGUCCCUGGAGCGUUCCCAGCAGCUAGAGCUGAAGAAGAGGUACUCCUGGGGAGGAGCAUCACCGGCAGUGGCAGUCGGGCCUGGAGGACGUGAUGCGCGCGACAGCCUUUCAGCAUCAGCUAUGAAUCUGCCCAAGCAGACGGAGCCCAUGAGCAAGCGCCUGUCUUCAUCCACCGCGGCAAUAUCCAGCUCCCCAGAACGAGCUCAACGCAUGCACAUUACUCCCACGGAAAACUUUCUCGUUAUGCGACUGUUGGCACCCACACAGGCUUCUUUAGCCAGAAGCAGAAGUGCAUUCAUAGUCCCUGAGCAGGCCAGUGACUCAGUCUUUCAUAUCUGUCCUCGUACAGCUACAGCUAGCCCUGUUCAAUGCUCCUACAAGUCUUCCCCUACUCGGACCAUCGAGAAGAAGAAGACCGCAUCCACCUCUAGCGGAGGAGAUGCUGGGAAAGGAGCCCCUGCCUCAGCGGAGGCCUCUCGGAUGGAGAAGAUGAAGAAGGGGCUGCGAACAACCAGUUCUUUUUCCUACGUGAGCCCUGGGUCCCCUCUGAAGAGAUGUGAUUUUCCCAUAGGCCUUUCUAAAAGGUCAUCUUCUCCCGUGGCAUCCAGGGCCACUGGGAAAGGGUCUCCACAGUCUCCAAAGAAUGUGAAGAUGCCCUACCCAGAGUCCUUCGUGAAGUACCGCUUGGCUGCCUUCUCCAGCCAGGAAACACCCAAGAAGAAAGCAGAGAAAGAGAAGAGCAACAAGGAAAAAGAAGGGGCGCUGGCUCAGUGGCCAGCCAGCCCACUUGGGGAUGAAGCCCCAGAAAAGCAUGUGGUGGACAAGCAUGUCACGGAGAAGUAUGUGGCCACAGGCGGGAAGGCCGAGAGCGGUGCAGCCUCAGGGAAGCCCGUAGCAGGCACCACCAAUGCAGGAGAGGCUGCGAAGAUCCUGGCCGAAAAGAGACGCCAGGCCCGGCUGCAGAAGGAGCAGGAGAGGCUGGAGAAGAUUGAGCAAGACAGGCUGGAGAGAGAGGAACUGGAACGAAAGGCAGAAGAGGAAAGACUUCGCUUAGAAGAGGAAGCCCGUAAGCAGGAAGAGGAAAAGCAGCGACAGGAAGAGGAAAGGCAGCAGCAGGAAGAGGAAAAGAAAAGGCUGGAGGAAGAGGAGGCCGAGAAGAAGGCCAAAGAGGAGCUGCUGUUGAAAGAAGAGCAAGAAAAGGAAAAGCAAGAAAAAGAAAAGCAAGAAAAAGCCGUGAUCGAAAAGCAGAAGGAAGCAGCAGAAGCAAAGGCCCAGGAGGCAGCUAAACAGAUGCGUCUAGAAAGAGAACAGAUCAUGCUGCAGAUUGAACAGGAGCGACUGGAGAGGAAGAAGAGAAUAGAUGAAAUCAUGAAGAGAACAAGGAGGAGUGAUGUGUCUCCAGAAGUGAAGAAAGAAGACCUGAAAAUAGAGCUCCAGCCCACUGUGUGCAUGGAAAGUGAGACAAAAACAGUUGUCACUAACAAAAUAGAAAUCAAUGGAUUGAACACCUGCCAGGAAGUUAACAGUGUGGAGCGUGCCGCCCCAGCAACUCUCCCCCGAGACGGUUUCUCCAAAGGGCUGAAACCAGUUGGGGGACUUGCUCAUCUGGAUGCCCUUGAUGGGAAAUCAAACAGUCUGGACGACUCAACUGAAGAAGUUCAGUCUAUGGAUGUGAGUCCUGUUUCAAAAGAAGAGCUUAUCUCCAUCCCAGAAUUUUCACCAGUGAGUGAAAUGAUUCCUGGGGUGUCUCUGGACCAAAAUGGAACUGGUAAUGCCCGAGCUCUUCAAGAUCUCUUAGAUUUCACCGGCCCCCCCAUGUUCCCCAAGAGAUCCAGUGAAAAUCUCAGCCUGGAUGACUGUAACAAAAACCUGAUCGAAGGAUUUAACAGUCCCAGCCAAGAAAAUACUCUGAACACCUUCUGUUGACAAAUACAGCAUCUCUUUAAUGAAAGAUGGUGUUGCGAGAAGCCGUGAAGAUGCUGGUAGUCAGAUCCGAGCUGCUGGCCCUUGGAAGAAGCUUCUGUCAUCCUUACCCACUGGAUUCCACAUUGUUAGAUUGAAGUGUAACUGUAUUCCUAGUUAGUAUAUCAAACACUGGCCACUCACGGUAGACACCUUGCGAAGUUGGCCUUGUCGGCUUUAGCGCCGUUUCAUGUUAUGGUUCUAUUUAUGAGCUUCGGCUGCUGACAAAGCGCUUUCUGUACUACUUACUGUUACCAUAGUGAUCAUCCGAAACCGAGUCAUUCCAGCUCGGAAAUUCACCUGUAACCGUUAUUCCCAAAGUUGGAGCCCAUGAACAUUUAGAUAUUGUUUCCUGUAAAUAUUCUAGAUACUUACCCAGACUCUACUUAAACAUAUACUGAACUUGGGCUGCAUAUCUCACACCUGUGUUUAGAAGAAGAAAUUCCAGAGGGUUUCUCCCUCUCUCUGGGGUUUCUUUGUUGGAAGUUACUAUCAAGAAGCUGUUUUUCUUAUUAUUAAGCUUAGUCACCUGCAAAACGUGUUGCGUCACAUUACUCCUUGAGGAGCUAACGGAAUAAGUCUGGUUGAAUUAGGAAGCCAUUAAACAGUGUGGAAUGAUUUCUGUUUUCUUACAUUCCUAUGGACAUGAGCAGCUGAGUCUAGUGAGCACCUUUCGUGUUGCACCUUAACAUCCCCAAGCUGUAGCCACUCUAAUCCAUCGAGUGGCUUUUGGACUGAAUGAAUCGUGUGUCUCAUGCACUGCUGGUUGGUUUUCAUGUUGUUGCUGUUGGGGCUUUUGUUUGUUUGUUCGCUCCUGUGUUUGCUCAACUUGAAUAAAACCAGGCACCGAUGGAAAUGAUAGCGCUCCGAAACGGGGGCCCCGAACGGGACUCAGUGUGUCACUGUAAUGGACUUCAACAUAAAACAUCUGAACGGAGGACAGAUGACGCUAGAAUGUACACUUCUCAUGUUUUACGCCAUAUAAUGUGUUUUCUUAAUUUUGUUUCUUGUGGUGAAAUGUGACUUUCAGAUUAAAAUGACCUUUUCUUCUUUGAAACUCUUUCUUGUAUAAUAAGAGUUCAUAAAGAUCCAUAAUGCUGACUGAGGUUUGAAACCAGGAAAUAUAAAGCAGUGUCAAUAGUAAUAUUGUUUAUGUGCUUUCGAAACCAGCUGCAGUUUAAGACUAUUAGUUAUGGAAACUGUGUAUGUUUGUGUAUGUGUAUAUACUAAAUAAAAUAUAUGCCUCCACCAACGCAGUGCCAUUGAUCUUGAUGACUAUCAGGGAAAAUCCCUUUUAUGACAAGCACAUAGAAAAUGACAGCAUGACUUUCAAAAAAUGCCUCGCAUCUUUCUUACAGCUUUAUUUUGCUAAAGGUCUGUUUUGUUGUGAUCUGUUGUGCCUCACAGCGUCAUUGUGACUGUGGUGAUGCCUCAUUUGCAUGAUGUGUACAUUGUCUUUAACGUGAAAUACAUUUUCACUGAAGAGUU